AUGACAGACCCAGGAACAUUCGCUAAGGGCUCGCCAUUCAAAGUAACUCAUAACAAGUCAAAUUUCAACUUAUCCAAUACAACGCCAGAAUUAUUAAAAUUUCAAUUGCAAGAACAAAAUCGACAAAACGAAGAACUGCUUCGCAAUGGCAUACUGGAAACAGAAUCUGAUAAUGAUGGUUACAGUCUCCGGUUAGGGGAUCCUUUCAAUCGAGUACUACAGAAGAAGUUAAAUCUGGGUAACAUCACUUUGAAUGCUGGUUCAUUGCCUAGUUUAUCUUCAUCUCCUCUGAGUUGGGAUGAAAACGAUGAGUUUGAAAUUGACAAGUUUGUGUGGCAAAACUCUGAAAAGCCCAAUUAUCUUAACUUGAGAAUCUUGAUUGAGAAUUCGAUCUUCGAUACUAACAAAAUUAAGAAAGAUUCAAUACUAUCGUUAGCUACUCUUAAAAAAUUGAAAACAAUUCGUGACGAAAAAGAAAAUAUCAGAAAUUACUAUGCUUCAAAGAUAUCCAUAUCGCAACAAUUCGUAUCAAAUAUUGUAGCGAACUUAGAGAAUUCAGAUGCCUUGGAUAAGAAUUUGUUGCUUAAAAUUUUGAAGCAAAAUGUCUCACUACAGCAGGACUUCUUGACAGUAAGCGACGAAAUUAAAGAUUUGAAUAUUAAGAUCAAUAACCACAAUUUAGCCUGCUUAGUAUUGGGCUAUGUGGAAGACGUGAAAUUGAGCUUGAAGGGCUCAAUCAAUGAAGAUGACCCUUACAUAUCUUCUGAUUCAGAUUCCAAUCAAAAACUUCGAGAGUCAAACAAAUAUUCUAGCAAAGCAUUUGAUAAUUUGAUUUCUCAUAUUGUCUCAAUAUCAGCGGAAUAUGACAUAACCCUACCUGAGCCGCCGGCGAUACUGGAAUCUGCUGGUGACCGCACAGCUUGGUCAAAAAGCUGCAUUGAUGCCAUAUUGACUUAUUUUAAACUGCAUCGCCAGGAAUAUACGGAUACGUCCCUAUAUAACAAAUCUUUGACGAACCUCACUAUUCCUUCUACUGGUGGUUCUCCUAAAGCUAAUAAAUCUCAAGACGAUUCCUUCUGGAAUGAGACAUCUUUCUUUGCUCAGAAGUCUCCUAAUACUAAUAGCGAUAAGAUAAUAUCAGAAUACCGAACGGCUUUGAAUGACUUGAGAUUUUCACAUCAGUAUUUGACAAAAGAGUACGAAUAUUCUAAGGAGACGUCUCUUAAAAUGCUUCAAGAAUAUCGUAAAAAAAACUUGAAUCUUGAAAGAGAACUCUCAGCUCUUAAAGAUGAUAGCAGGCCAAUAGAAUACGAUACAUUGACCUUCAAGGAUAAAGAGAUCUCGAAGUUGCGUAAAGAAAUUAAUCUUUUGCGAAUAGAUAACUUGGGUUCGAAGCAUACUAACUCAUCGAUACUUUCACCCACUCUAUUGCAGAGCAGCUCCCCAACAUCGAGUAGCAAUACAACUAAUAUAUCGCCUAUUACAGGCGAACAUUUGAAUAUACUGUCUGACGAUAUUGCCGCUUUACGCGAAGAAGAGUACGCUGGCGAUGGGCCAUCAUCUAUGAGUAUUAUGUCACCGACGAGGCCCAUGUCAGGAAAUGGCGGGAUGAGUAAUGCAAUUUUAAGAAAAGAAUUCAAAAAAAUAGUCUCUGAAAUCCAAGACCAAUAUGAACUAAAAUUAAGCGAAGAACGUAUGAUGCGUAGAACAUUGGAAGAGAAACUUAGCUCAUUUAACCAGAACUAG